AUGCUUAAAUUCCUCCUCAUCAGCGCUGUUGUCAUCCAGUAUGUGGUGGGAUUGAGAUUUGCCAUGUAUAUCGAUGAAUACCACACCAUCGAUCUCCCAGGCUUGGACCAAACCCAGGGCAUAACCCACGCGAUCAUGGCCUUUGCAAACUCUACUAUGUUUAAUUCCGAUGCCCCUGCCCAGUUUACGCCCUUUGAGCCUGUUGAAACCAUGCGCAAGCGCUUUGGAACUGACACUAAAGUCAUGAUUGCAAUUGGGGGCUGGGGUGAUACCUCUGGUUUCUCUGAGGGGGCAAAAGAUGAAGCAUCCCGCACACGUUAUGCACGCAAUGUUGCGGAUAUGAUCAACUCCUUGGGCUUUGAUGGCGUCGAUAUUGAUUGGGAGUACCCUGGCGGCAAUGGAGACGAUUACAGGCAAGUUCCUGACAGCCAGAAGACUAGUGAAAUUGAGACCUACCCUCUAUUUCUGCAAGCUAUCCGUCAAGCCAUUGGUCGAAACAAGAUCCUCUCAAUCGCCGUUCCUGGUAAAUGCACUGAUAUGGUCGCUUUUACUAAGGAGCAAGGUCCUAAGAUCUGGCCAUCUGUGGAUAUGGUGAAUAUCAUGUCAUAUGAUCUUAUGAACCGCCGUGAUAAAGUCACAAACCACCACACAAGUGUUUUGGGCUCACUCAACACGAUUAAGGCCUAUGAAGAGAUUAGCCUUGAUACUACGAAGAUUAACUUAGGUUUUGCUUACUAUGCUAAGUGGUUUAUGACAGAUCCUAACUCAGACUGUGAUAACCACCCGCUUGGAUGUGCAGUAGUGGCUCUAGAGAAUUCAGAUGGUACAGAUGCAGGUACAUCUGGAGUAUUAACUUUUGAGAAGAGAACUAUGGCGCCUGCUCCAGAAAACCUGAAAAUCUCUACAGAUGGAGCCUGUGGCUUUAUUCAGAAGACUAAGUGUCCGGAAGGUUUAUGCUGUAGUCAGUAUGGCUAUUGUGGGAGCAGUAAGAACUUCUGCCAAGCUAGCUGUCUGUCUGAUUAUGGUGAGUGCAAAGGCAUCUCAGUCAUUGGCUCAUGGCGUCGUGCUUGCAAGAAUGGCAAGACAGAUGAACAGGCUGGUGGACAGUACUACUGGGAUGACCAGGCCAACCUCUUCUGGACUUGGGACACGCCUGCCAUCAUUAAGCGCAAGUUCAAGGAUAUUGUGGAUACGGAAAAGCUAGGUGUGGUGAUGGCCUGGAGUCUGGGUGACGAUACCCUAAGCUGGGAGCAUUUAAAGGCCAUGCAGGCGGGUGUAAAGGGGAUCAGGUGUCAUUGA